AGCGAUCGCUCGAAUUACUCGCUUUAAAUUCUAACCGAGAUCAGAUCGACAAGUUGUUCAGUGUCAGCUAAAACACCUGACGAAGUAACAAACAUUUUCCGUUCCAAUCGUAUCGUGAAUUUCUCCAUGCGAUUGCUACAUCGAAUUUAAUAGUACUACAACGCAUUUCCAUUCAUACAAAUGAACUUUCGCAUUGAGUCAUUGAGUGUUGAAUCAAUCGAUUGACGACCUUUUCACGGGUGCAACGAAAGUGGUUUGUGCAGUGACUAACUCAAUAAUUGCAUGCAAAUGCGACAUUCAUACAUUCUUGUAACGGUUCAAAGUGUGGGGGUGUGUGCUCGCAGGUUGGAAAAUCGAAUUGUUAAUAGUUGUAACGUAACACAUUACAGACCGUUUGCAAAUUUGUAGAAUCAAUGUCAAGAUACGCGCUUGUCGCAUUUUAAUUUUGUGCUCUCGAAGUGCGCGCCUACCGCGCUGGACUCAAGUUUAAGUUAACCUUCGUAACGGCUAAGAGUGGCGUAAUUGUGGGUAUUUGUGAUAUCUACCAGUUUUUGCAUUUCUUUUCCCCCGGCGGCAAUCUCAAGUUAAGUGGAUUAUUCAGGUGUCAGGAAAGUGCAUAAACUACAUUACAUUAGCGCGGUUAAGCUGGAAAAGUAUUUGAGGAGGAGGACGUGUAGCCGCAAUAGAGAUGCAAGAGAAUUCCGCAUCGCUCGGUGCACAGAUGCCCAAAAUGGGCCACCAGCGUCAUCCUUCGAUAGGGAAAUCAAUGCCAGUUACAUCGCUGGUCUUGAAUUUCCCUUCACCGCCAUCACAUUCAAAGAACUACCAUAGUUUGUCACGGGAUGGUCUAUCACCGGACUUUGAAAAGCCACCUAUGUUUUUCCAACUCAAAGAUUCGACUGUGAGUCGCCCAGAUGAUAUCUGUAGGGUAUCCCAACAAUGUGAUAUCAACAUUCCCGCAGUUUCACAGAACGUGCACUCGCCAGUGGUGGAAUCGAAUUAUUCUCUUAAUGCAACGGACGAAAGUGUCGGCAUUCACAAGUGUACUGCAGAAGAUACCAUUCCGAGUGAAACUGAAACAAAUAAAGUUAAUAAUAAUCGCCUAAACAGUUGCAGUAAAUUCAAGUCGCGGGAAAGUUCGCCUAUUCCACAAAUCGGAUUUUGUCCUGAAGAAUGUGGUUCGGAUCAGUGUAAGGAUUCGGUGAAAAAAGAUUUAGAAGACAUCGCCAGCACAGAUGAUGAAAACACCACAAUUAGAUUUCGCCCCAAAACUGCUUCAUCACAAAUCGAUCGAAAACGUAGAGAAUUUCUCAAUGAUUUACUAAAUGCCGCCAGUAGCGAUGAAGAUAGUAACAGUGAGGAGCUUCGCGCAGAGGAGUUCACAAUGAAAGACUUCCGUGAGAAAUUUGCAUUGGCCGAAGCAUUGGCUAAGACAUCGAUGAUGACUUCACCGGCUGCAAAAAGUCGAUUGGCCGCUCGUAAAAUCGAAAUGGAACUGGAUGGCGGAGAAUUCGAAGCAGCUGCUGGCGAAGAUGAAAAGGAAUUCAUACCGCCCCGACAACUAUUACUUUAUCUUGUGAGGAUGGGCUCAUUCAAUUCAGCUCCAAAAAUCAAUAAUCCUGACUCUCAAGAUGACAGCAUAGAAGUUCCUCAUGGCUUGUCGACGACUGGCUUAAUGCAAUAUUGUAGAAUGAUGAGGGGUGAGAAUCGGCCACCACUAUUGAAUCGCCAGUUCCUUAAGCCUGUUGAAAACAAGGAAGCAGUUCUUUCUAGUGAUAUCACAGCUGGAUUACGUGUAUUGAAGUUGAAUGCUGUUUCAAAAGUAUGCAGUGCUCCAAUUACAUCUUCUAAUCAGCUAAGGCUUCUGCAAUGGAAUAUUCUCUCUCAAUGUCUUGGACAAAACAAUGAUGGAUUCGUUAAAUGCCCCGAGGAGGCUCUUACCUGGGAAAAUCGAAAAUAUCUAAUUGUGGAGGAGAUUGUACGCAAUAACCCUGAUGUCGUCUGCUUACAGGAAGUCGAUCAUUUCAAAUUUCUCGAACGAAUGCUCGGCUCACAAAACUACAACGGCAUAUUUUUCCCGAAACCAGACUCACCAUGUCUCUACAUUCAAGACAACAAUGGUCCCGAUGGCUGUGCUAUCUUCUACAAACGUGAUAAAUUCGAACUUAUCAAUUUUGACACCCGCGUCCUGGAAGUGUGGCGAGUUCAAAGCAAUCAAGUUGCGAUUGUUGCAAAUCUACGAAUCAAUGAAAGUGGAAAGGAAAUUUGUAUUUGUACAACACACUUGAAAGCCCGUAACGGUGCCCUAUUGUCGAAACUGAGAAAUGAACAAGGCAAGGAUUUGCUCAGAUUUGUGAAUGCAAUGGCUCAAGGCCGACCAGUUAUAAUAUCUGGGGACUUCAAUGCCGAACCAAUUGAACCUAUCUACAGUACAGUUUUAAGUUACAAAGCGUUGGGGCUGUCGAGUGCAUAUGCAGAUCUGAAUAUAAAGGAAAAAACCAAUGCAUCGAAACAAUGUAACGGCAAUGCUACCACUAACGAAAAUAGUGAGUCAGAUGGGGGUUCAAAAGAAGAUUUGAGCCUUGCCGAGUUGUCUGCUAACAGUGAGCCACCAUAUACUACUUGGAAGAUUCGAGAAGAAGGAGAAGUUUGCCAUACGAUCGAUUAUAUCUUCUAUUCUAAGAAGCAUUUGAAGGUCAAUAAUUGUCUACAAUUCCCAUCAGAAAACGAAAUUGGCGUUAAUCGAACACCCAGCUUUCAGUAUCCCUCCGACCACUUUUCAUUGAUGUGUGAUUUAGAAUUUACCGAUAAUUCAAAUGAUCUAAUUUCGUAAUUUCAAUUGUAAAACCGUGAUAUUAGAUAAGUAUUGUAGUGUUUACCAUUAGAAAGGAACAGAGUUUAGAUUUUCAACUCGGGAAUAUUUUUUUACACAUUUCAUUAAGUAGAGUCAAUUUUUCAUUUUAAAUGAACUCCAAAAGGCAAACUUCCUUUAUCUUAAUUUCUAUUACCGAGAUUUUUUGAACAAUUUCAAUAUUCUGUAGAGCAUUUGCAGAAUAUUUUGAAAUAAAAACAUAAUCUUUUAGCAUCCUAUUAGAUAGAGACGGUACAAAAGAGUAAUUUUAGGAGAACCGAGGUCAUGGUCAUCAUGGUCAAAUAAGUAAAUCUAGUUAGACUUUAGAACAGAAUAUUUUAAUAUAAUGUAAAUUAUGCGAAAUAAUAAUUUUAUAAUUUAUUGUUGUAAAGAUUUUUUUGUCAUUUCGAAAGGAAAUAAACAUUAAAAAUAAA